CACAAGAAUGAUCUGGAACAUCCGGACGUUUCUUUUUUAGAAUCGCAAUGCACGCGUUCCAUUGAUGCAAUUGAAAGAGUGAGAAUGGAGGGUGAAUUAAGAAUUGUAGUGAAAUGGAGCGGAAAAGAAUACGAUAUCCUCGAUAUUCAAGAGGAAGAUACGGUUCUUACUCUGAAAGAGCGUAUACACAGAGAAACAGGUGUUCGUCCGGAACGUCAAAAAUUGUUAAAUUUAAAGUUUAAAGGCAAGGCAGCACAAGAUGAGGACAUAAUCAGCAAAUUAAAUUUAAAGCCUGGCUUCAAACUAAUGUUAAUGGGUUCGCGUGAGGAGGAUAUUGCUGAGGUCAGUCAAGCACCUGAGAAUGUACCUGAUGUAAUAAAUGAUCUAGAUAUAGAAGAGGAGGAAGUAGAGAUUGAGAAAGCUGAAAUAAAUCUACGUAAAAUCCAGAUACGAAUCGAUCGCUAUAUAAUCACAGAGCUGAAUCCUUUAAGAAAUGGUAAAAAGCUUCUUGUACUAGACAUAGAUUACACUUUAUUUGAUCACAGGUCAGUGGCAGAGAGCGGAGCACAGCUAAUGCGUCCGUAUCUCCAUGAAUUCUUGACACGUGCUUAUAAAAAUUAUGAUAUAGUCAUUUGGUCAGCGACUAGCAUGAGAUGGAUCAAUGAGAAAAUGAAGCUUUUGGGAGUUUCAAAUCAUCCAAACUAUAAAAUAGCUUUUCAUCUGGACGUCCUUGCCAUGAUCACUGUUCAUACACCGAAAUAUGGGGUUGUCGGAGUAAAGCCACUCGGUAUUAUUUGGGGAAAAUACAAGCAGUUCUCCGCGAAAAAUACAAUAAUGUUUGACGAUAUCAGACGAAACUUCAUAAUGAAUCCGCAGUCAGGAUUGAGAAUAAAACCUUUCAAACACGCUCACACGAGCAGAGUUAAAGACUUUGAACUACUGAAACUAUCAAGAUACUUGGAAUUGAUAGCCGAUGUUGAAGACUUUCAAAUCCUUAAUCAUAGAAAAUGGGAAGAAUACAAACCGAAAAAAAACGAUCACAGCAAUGAACAGACUAGCAGCAGUGAUAAACAAUAAAUUUUGACGAAAUGUAUUGUUCUUCAUGCCACUUUGACUAGUUGAUUGAUAGAAGAGACAUAUUGAUUGACAGGAGAAAUACAGAGUGACUUCAAGAUUGUAUCUGAUGAAGUGAAUGCAUCAAGAAAAUGUAUUUGUCGGAUGUUUUAAAACCAUGACUGAAAAUCAACAAGGCUGUCCUAUUCGUUGGAUAGAACGAUGAUUAACUUAAGCGUCAGUUUCCUUUCAUUGCAAGAAAAUGACGCAUGAUAUUUAGGUCUGUUCGUAUUGUUUGGAUUUUUUAGAAUCACUUAGAAUAUUUGCUUUCAAUAUCCGAAUAUAUAUUUAUUUCGUUUUAAUGCAAAAAUUUUUAGAGAUUUUAAGCAACACGAACAAAUCUAUGUAGCAAUUUUUUUGAAAACAUACGUAUUUUCACAUUUUUUUUAUUCUAUGUAUUUGUAAUCAUUGGUUGUGUAUACACAUGUAUAGCGAUUUAAAUAAAAGGCACGGAGUGAUCAACACGAGAGAUGCAAUAAUAUAACGAUUUGGGUGAAUCCAGUGCUGUGCAAAAUCACGUCUGCAAAAUUUUCUACAUGUAGAGUUUGUUAUAUACAUUUUGCGUCAUGUGUAUGAGUUGACGAACUUUUAAUCUUAUUCGACACGACGCAGAAACAAUUGUUCACAGUUUACACCUACAUGGGUUUCAUGCAGAUAUUUCAAUCAUUACGUAAUGCACUGAUUAUGUAAAUGCAAUAUCUAUUUUAUAAUUAAAUGCUGGUUGGCGACUUUAUUUAGGGAAUUGAACGAUUUUUAAACUGUUUAAAUAAGAUACUAUUUCCACAUUUUUCAUACCGAUUUAAAGCAUUACAGAAGGAUGUAAAAUAUAAGAUGAAAAGUUCAUAUAAUAUUGUAUAAUAAAGUUAAUU